CAAAAGGAGUGAGAUGAGGGCAAACUGCAAAAUAUGAGAGCAAAACAAAAUCUGAUCCCUAAUCCCUGUUUUGAUCUGGUCUCUCCCAAUCCCUACCCAAUUGAAAAUUGAAAUCCCCCUGUUUGCGAGAAAACGAACGGAUUCACCCAAACCCUAGAAUCACCAGAUCAAAACCAACGCGAUUGCGCGAUCAAAAGGUUUUCUCUCUCGAUUCUCGUGAAACCCGCUUUUCCGCUCACUCUUUCUUCAUCUGCCAUACGCGCGCAUCGUGAAUUUUGUUAUUUAUCUAUUGAUCAAUUAGUCGAAGGCAACUCAACCUGAGCUAGCAAGAAAAGUGGAAGGAGUAUCUUAGAUCCAUUGCCACAACUGUGCAAUCAAGAAUUUUCUAUUGGGAAAGGUUCAUGGUCUUCUCAACUGUCUUUCUCGAUGAAGAUGACCCCUUUUUUUCUAGAAAAAGGCCAAGAGUGUCAGAUCUUGGACAUCAAGAUGAUUUACUUGCUGAUGCAGGAAUUUCCAGUGAUAUUUCCUUGUUCUCGCAUCAAGAUAUAGAAAGGGGUACUGGUGAUUUUCCCUCUUCCAGCAAUACUGAUGAUAAAGUUGAUCCAGAUUCUGGAAUGGAGAUGAGCUGCCCAUCAAAUGUUAAUAGUGGCUAUGUUCCUGUGUGUUCUACCACAGGGCAUAUUUUGCACAUGGACCAGAGUUUCUGUGGCUAUGUGCAACAACCUGCUUUUGUGAGUGGAUGGAUGUAUGUGAAUGAAAAUGGGCAAAUGUGUGGUCCCUAUAUUAAGGAGCAGUUAUAUGAGGGCCUAACUUCUGGUUUCUUGCCAUCUGAACUUCCUGUGUAUCCAGUGAUUAAUGGCACAAUAAUGAACCCUGUACCACUGAAUUACUUCAAGCAGUUCCCUGAUCAUGUUUCCACUGGGUUUGCAUAUCUGAGCUUGGGUAUCUCAGGCACAAGGGUGCCUACAUUGGCAGUAUAUGAGCAAGAUAGGUUUUUUGAGCAUGCUGCUCCUCUGGCUGUUAAUCCUGAUUCACAGCCAGUUUCAAAGUCGCACAUCAAUUACUGCAUUAAGGAAUCCAAUCGCUUAAAUUCAAACUCAGAGGCAUUCAAAAGUUUAAUAUCUUGUCAGAUGUUAGGUGUAGAAUGCUGUUGGCUUUAUGAGGAUGAGAAGGGUAUGAAACAUGGGCCACAUUCUAUUAAGGAAUUGAUAUCCUGGCAUCGUCAUGGAUAUCUUAAAGAUUCAACAGUGAUCUCUCAUUCUGACAAUAAGUAUGACACCUUUGUGCUAUUGUCUGCUGUAAAUACAUUAAAAGGAGAUAUCUCUGGAACCAUUUGUAGAUCAGUUUCCACAAGUAGCGAGGUUGGUGAAAUGGUAAACUUAAUUGGUGAAAUAUCUGAGGACAUUUCUUCCCAAUUGCACAUGGGUAUCAUGAAAGCUGCUCGCAGAGUUGUGCUAGAUGGAAUUAUUGGUGAUAUCAUUGCAGAAUUUGUUACAGAAAAGAAACUUAAGAGGCAUAAGCUUGAAUCAGCUGACUGUACUCCUGAAAACAAUAUGUCUAAGUUUUCUGCUGAGAUUAGUAAAGGUUCUGCUAUUUCCAGUGAUCCUGCAUCUUCCCACACUUUGGACUAUCAGACUUGUCAUGAAAGUUCCAGAUUGCCCCCAGCCAUUAUUAAAUCAGUUGGAAGCAUUGAAAAUUUUUGGUGGUCAUUUGCUGUGGUUCGCAAGGUACUUCUUGAUUAUUCCAUGCAAGUCAUGUGGAAUGCAGUGUUUUUUGACACACUAGCAGAAUACUUAUCUUCCUGGAGGAAAAAGAUGCUUUGGUCUCAUCCUAAGCCUCAACCAUCUGCUAAUGGAUGUGAAGAUCAUACUGAAAAGAUUGAAUCAGAAGCUUUGGUUUUCAAUCCAGAUUCUUCUGAAAGCAAUGUUGAUGGCGAUAAUCAGUUUGGAGUACUGACAACCGAAAAAAAUUGUCCCCUGUUAUUUUCAUCUCCCAGUAGCCUCAAAGGUGGAAAUUUACUAGAAGGUCAAAAAGUUUCAUGCCCUUAUGUUAACUCUAGAGAUUUGACUUGCAUUCUUGAAAGUGUGGAGAAUGAGCUUCACUUCUCUUCAAAGGUGUCUUUAGCUGAUUACAUUCGAAGUUUUGUUGAAAAGGAAGUGAACAAAUUAAUUCCUUUCCCAGAAGAAAACAAAUUUAAUGAGGUUGCUGUCGGUGGCACUCAUUUUUCAGGGAUACUUGCGGAUAAAACGUCUAUGAAGGAAAUUCUAAAUGACAAGUCAGUGGAUCCUGUAAAGGCUGGAAAUUCUUUUGGCGAGUCUGCAUCUGGAAACCAUAAGUCUGACAUAUUUUCGAAAGCAUUUAAGGAGUUGUGUGGAUAUGUAGAUGAUGUGGUUGAAGAGGAGAUUGAUGACCUACCACCCGGGCUUGAGAAAUCUCAAACAGUUGUCCCUCACUAUAAUUCGAAAUUUCGACCUUCAAGGUCGGCUGAAAGUAAUCCUAAGAUAACAGAAUAUGUUGCUACAGCACUGUGCCGACAGAAACUGCAUGAUGAAGUUCUGGAAAAGUGGAGGUUGUUGUUUCUUAAUUCUGUGCCCAAGCAAGUUUUUAUAUCAUCAAGUACUGUAAAGAAACAUUUUAAGUCUGAUGGUCAUAAGAAAAGAAAAAUGGCCGAUGCAAGCAAGGAACAUUUGAAUAGUGCUACCUCUGGACUGGGAAGAGUGAAGGAAGGAGCAAAGAGUUCUUCUGAAGUUCCGCCGGUGAUUGGAAAGUAUACCUAUUGCCGCAAGAAGCUCUCGCAGAAGGAGUUAAUUUUCUCAAAAUCUGUAGCAGAAAAUGAUUCUAGGACAGGGAAGCAGCUUGUGACCAAGUUAAGGAAACAUGUUUCUGGAGAUGUUGGUGAGGCUGCAGAGGUUAAAAUAGCUUCUGCUAAACAUGGAAAGACAAAGAUGAUUAAAGGGAAGAAGGAUACAUCUUCUAAGGGCAAAUCUUCUGUCAGUGUCAAUAGUAGCUCACACAAUGAUCAAUUAUCUUUAAAGAAUAAAGCUGGUCGAAAAGUGUUGAAGUUUUCAGAUGAUGUUAAGGAUUUUGUAAAAUCCAAUGUAAAGAAGCUUUCAGUGUCAACUAAUAAUAGUGUUGGCAUGAAGAAGGUUGCCAAAAGUGAUGGCUGUGAUCGUGAUGACACUGUUAAAGAGAAGACCACAAGUCAUUGCUCCAGAGAGAUACAAAAUGCAACAAAGAAAGUAACAAAAUCAAAAAGGAAACAUCAAAUGGAUGGUACAUCUUCACAUCCUACAAAGGUUUUGAAAAUUUCAAAUGGUGGUGCUUAUCUGGGAGCCAGUAAACAAGUUCCUGUGGCAAGUAGGAAGUCUGCUAAAUCCAAGCCAUUGAAUUUAUGUCCUAGAUCUGAUGGCUGUGCCAGGACUUCUAUUGAUGGUUGGGAAUGGCAUAAAUGGUCUCGAAGUGCCAGUCCUGCAUAUAAAGCACGUGUUAGGGGUCUUCCAUGUGUCCGGAACAAGUGCAUAGAUUCUGAAAAUAAUUUAUUUCAGUUGUCAAAUGGUAAGGGUCUUUCUGCAAGAACAAAUAGGGUGAAAUUGCGUAACCUUCUUGCUGCUGCAGAGGGUGCAGAUCUUCUGAAAGUGCCUCAACUGAAGGCACGGAAGAAGCAUUUGCGUUUUCAAAGGAGCAAGAUCCAUGACUGGGGUCUUGUUGCCUUGGAGCCAAUUGAGGCAGAGGAUUUUGUGAUUGAAUAUAUUGGAGAACUAAUUCGUCCUCGGAUAUCUGAUAUACGUGAACGCCAGUAUGAGAAGAUGGGAAUUGGAAGCAGUUACCUUUUUAGACUUGAUGAUGGUUAUGUGGUUGAUGCUACCAAGAGAGGUGGGAUUGCAAGAUUUAUUAACCACUCUUGUGAGCCCAACUGCUAUACAAAGGUUAUAUCUGUUGAGGGUCAAAAGAAGAUUUUCAUAUAUGCGAAACGGCAUAUAGCUGCUGGUGAAGAAAUUACAUACAAUUAUAAGUUCCCCUUGGAGGAGAAAAAGAUUCCCUGUAACUGUGGUUCCAGAAAGUGUCGUGGAUCACUGAAUUAGGCAUUGAUUGGGUUUCUGAUGCUGGUUGUUUUUUCCGAGGUCCACUUGUGAAAUUGUUGAGUGGGCAGAAUUUUUGCCAUAGGUUAUGGAUCAGCAUCGUUGAUGAUAUAGUCUGAAUUGAUGAAUGCUAUACAAUUUGGAUUGCCUGCUCGUUUGGUGAUAAAUAAGUAACUCGUUCAUUCUUGUGGACUUUUUUGUGGCAGAUUAGCUCAAGUAGUAAAUACCGUUUUAGUUUGCUGAGUUGGAUUGUGCCUACUGGUAUGUUUCUCUUUCCGUCCCUUGUUAUUGUCCGUUCCUGGUGAGUUCUUUCUUAUUUGUUCUUCUAGUGAUUUUCUACUUCCUUAAACCCCCUCAGAAAAUAAAGUGAGCAGCAGCCAAAGGUAUUUGAGAAGUGAACACAAAUUAAGAGGGUUUCGCUUUAUUGGUUGAAUUGGCUCCUUAUGUGCUCAGGAACGACAACAAAACUAAUUUUUCAAGUUUAUGUUUUUUACUCCCUUGUUUCAAAGUGUCAUCCUAGGUUUUCAUACAAACCAAGAAAGGCUAGUAAAUAGAUGAAAGAAUGUAAAAUUUUAUGAAAUUAAUCUUAUUGUUAAUCUUCUUUGCUGGAAGACGAUGCAAUACAAAAGCAUUUUAAGAAACAUUAUUAGGAGUAUAAAUGAAAAAAAUAAUUAAUGUUACAUUAGAAAACGAAAAUGAUACUUAUUUAGGGCUUUUUUUUCUUCUUGUAAUAUGCCAUUUGUUAUGAAAUGGAGGGAGUAAUUGUUUAAAUAAUUUCACUCAUUCCAACAACUACUUUCUUUUAAAAUUCUAAUGUUAAGUUAAAUGGGGAGGGUGUACCAUUGAGAUCAAGUAACGUUACUUUAUUCUUUUGUCUUUUGUAGCAUUUGAAAAAUGAUAAAUUAGGAAACCAUUACUACACAAGCUUUUUUAAUGCCCACAAAAAAGUGAUGAGUUGAUAAAUUAACAUCGGUUGUGAGGAGUUUGCUUAAAGAAUAGUUAGCGAAUGUGUAUUUUCUCUGGUCUUUUUUACAAGAAACAAGUUAUAGUGUAUUUUACACUAUCCUUUUUCUUAUAAAAAGGAUCCAAGAUGGCAUAUAAUAAGUUGUGAAUAGAAGAUCACAUAAAUUUGUACAAAUGUUGAAAAGUCUAAAGCAUAUAUGCAUGCUAGUCUGGUCUAGUUUGAAAAUCGUUAUCAUAGAGCUUGGCUGAACAUGUUGGCCUUUAGAAUUAUGAAAACAUCACGCCAACACAAAACUGAACAAUUUAGUGUGUUUGUUUUUCCGUUGAACAAGUUCCAAACGGACGUUCCUUGGAGAAGUAACAAUUUGUUUCUUCUAAAAAAAAGAAGAAAAA